AGCCACCACCCUUUCAUCUCUCUGAGUUACACAUUACUGCAGUCAAUUCCUGAAAUCGUUUUCUCAUAUCAAAGGCAACGCCGUUUCUUCCUUCCCUCGCUCAUCUCAUACCGCCUCAUUUAUUUCUUGCUGCGGUGUUGUUGUUGUUUUUUGAGCUUCCAGUGCGAAUUGAAGCGGACUCGAACGACUGCCUCAUCAGCAUCAGCAACUGCACAGAGAAAAGGAUGCUGCGUCAAUGCUGUUGGCUCCGCGUGGCGAGCGACGCCGCUGCAGCCGGCGGUGGUGCAAAACAAAAGCAAGACAGUUUCUUCUCCCUUCUUCGCCGUCUCAUGGCGUGGAACAGCUCUAACGCCGCCGCCGCCGACGCUGCAGCCGCAUCUUCCUCUUCCUCGGUAGCACCAACUACGGUGAACAGUGACAUUAAAAAUAACAGCAAUAAUAAUAAUAACGGCACUACACCGACUGCCUUUGAGGCAGUAGAAGCAUCUGUUCUCACUCGCUGGACGUGUCGCCACUUCGACAAGGCGCAGCCCAUCGAUAUGAAGAAACUCGAGCGGGUUCUGGCGGCGACAACGCGCGCCCCCACUGGAUUUAACCUGCAGGGCUGGUACGCCAUUGUGGUGACGGAGAUGCCGGUGCGGGAGAGGCUGUUCCAGGCAGCGCUGGGUCAGCCGCAGGUGCUCGACGCCCCCGCCACCGUCGUCUUCGUCGGCGACACGGAGCCGGAGUGCAACGCCCCGCAGGCACUGGAGAUGGGCCUUGAGACCGGCUACUACGGCCCUCUCUACGGCGCUGCUUAUCUGCGAAACAUAUACUAUUUCAUGCACGGCGGGCCGAUGCAGACCGUGGCGGCCGCGAAGUCGGUGCUCAGCACGUGGUACAGCCAGGUGACCGGCACGCCCGUCAUCUCUGCCCCGGUGAGCCGCGCCGGCUACGCGUGGAAGCAGACGAUGAUCCCGGCGACCACGUUUAUGCAGCUGGCGACGGCCGCCGGAUGGGACACGUGCAUGAUGGAGGGGAUCGACGAGGAGGCGGUGAAGCGGGUGCUGGGCGUGCCGGCGCGCUGCACGGUGCCGGUGCUGAUCAGCGUAGGACACGCGACGGCGGCGGCGGCGGAGCGGGCGAAGGUGCGGAGCUCACGCUUUGCGACAGCGCAUUUGAUUCGCUGGAACAAAUUCUGA